AAAAGCACUCUCACCGUCCGAUAUGGACCAAAGUCCGUGAACUAAACAGUUAACAACAGAAGAAGAAGAAACGAGAAUGAAAUAGAGAGACGAGCAGAGUGAGUGAGAGAGAGAGAGAGAGUCAGUGAGAAGAGAUGACUCUUGGUCUGAUCAAUGCGAACCCAGUUGUCCACGCUAGGAAGGAAAGGAUCCCCCGCAACGAAGAACAUCACAGCGAUGAUUUCGUUGAUCCUCUCGAAAUAUAUGAUUAUGUGAGAGAUAUAAGAGAUCCAGAGCAUCCGUACUCACUAGAACAGCUCAGUGUUCUGUCUGAAGAAUCUAUCAGCGUUGACGAGACUCGUGGGCGUAUUUUGAUAACUUUCACUCCUACAAUUCAACAUUGUAGUAUGGCAACAGUGAUUGGUCUGUGCUUGAGAGAAAAACUAAAAGAGUGUUUCCCUCAACAUUUCAAGCUUGACAUCAAGGUAGCCCCAGGAUCUCAUGCCGAUGAAGAAUCAGUUAAUAAGCAGUUGAAUGAUAAAGAGAGAGUUGCAGCUGCUUUAGAAAAUCCUAAUCUUCGCCAGCUUGUCGAUGAGUGCCUCUACUCCAAUGAACUUUGUCGAUGAGUGCCUCUACUCCAAUGAACUUUGUCGAUGAGUGCCUCUACCCCAAUGAACUUUGUCGAUGAGUGCUCUCAGCUGCUGCACAAAGACCACUGUACAGAGUAACCAGCAAUUGUGGAUGAAUGCAAUAAGAUGUGAUUUUGUUGUAA